AAAAAUAAAAAAACAGAUCUCAGACCUCAUGCUACAAACAGUCUCUAUUAGGAGAAUGGUUAAUUUACGUUUAUUUGUUACAUUGUCUACAAAAUUAUUAAACAAUUAUGGAUUGGCAAGAUAUUACUUCACAAGUCUUAAAAGAGGAUAUAGCGUUUUUCCCACUAAUUUUAUUAAACCGGUAUAUAGUAAAGAAGAACAAGAAAUUUUAUUUCAAAGCGAUGAAGCAAAGAAGAUUGUACAUAAGCAAAUGAAACCAGCAUUAGCCACUGAUACAUGCUCCGAAUUUUAUGAUACAAGAGUGUUAAAAUUUAUUAAUACCCUUAUGAAGAAUGGAAAUAGGAAAUUAGCGACAACGUUGGUAACAAAAACUUUCGAAGGUGUCAAAAGAAUACAGCUAGAGCGUUAUCACAAAGAAACGACGAGUGAAGCAAAAGCUGAAAUUGAAUUGGAUCCAUUUGUCAUUUUCCACCGUGCUGUCGAUAAUUGUAUACCAAUUUUACAAUUAACAGCUUGUAGAAAAGGAGGAAUUACAUAUCAGGUUCCUAUUCCAAUUACACCUCUAAAGGCACAGCAUAAAUCCAUGUUAUGGUUAAUUCAAGCUGCAAACGAAAAAGAAUCCAAGUUGAGAUUUUAUGAUGUAUUAGCCAAGGAAUUAGUAGCAGCUUCUCAGAAUCAGGGUCGUGCGGUUAAAUGGAAGCAAGAAUUACACAAGAAAUGCCAAGCUAAUCGGGCUUAUGCGCACUUCAGAUGGAUGUAGAUAAUAAUAAAAUUUAAUUACUCGCAUUAGUAUACAUUAAGGUACGAACACAAUGAAAAAAACAAGAAACAAGGAAUAACAGAUUUUAACCUGUCAGAGAUCUAUUCUGGUUAAAAUUUGUUAUCGUUUGCUCCUUAUGCCUUUUAUUGUUUCCGAGCAUCAAAUACAGCAAGAUAAUAUAUGGUCAAUUUUACCAUUUACGAUUAGUUUGAUUAAUUAAAAGUAUGACUAAAUUAGGCUAGUUUGAUUAAUCUAUUAAGUGUCAACUGUGACUUGUUAAUUCUAUUUAACAAGAAACGUUCAAACUGAUUAGAGAUGGUGAAACCAGCCCAUAAUCAACUUUCAACGACGAAAUAAUAUAUUUUGUUAAAUAAGUGACAAUAUUACUGAGCAUUCAGUUGUAUUUAGCUUUACAUUUAAUUUCAUUAAUUUCAUAUAU